UUAUCUCUCUGCAGAUCAGAAACCAAAGCUAAGCGUCAGUCAUGAUAAUCAGUCUGAUGAAUUCAGAUUUUCAUGUGAAAUCCCAGGGUCAGAGUCAGUAACUGCUGAUUUUAGCUGUAAUCUCUACACUGGAGAAAAAACUCAGUUUUUCUCAAACACAUCCUUUCAGAAGAGAGACUCUGGGAAGGCGGUUUGUGUUUUUAUAGCAGAUAAAAAUGAUGUGUUUAAUCGUCUGCAGUCAGUAAAGAGUCGUAAAGUGAGCUGUGAUUAUUCAGUGACCUCUGACCCGACUGCUCGCUCUCCGAUGAGUAAGAAAUACAACAUGAUGCAUUUCUUUCCUGAAACACCACAGCGGCCCACAACUAAACCCUCCCCGACUGUUCUUUCAACUCGUCUGAUCACCACAAGACCCACAGCUAUGAGUUUUUCUUCUCCCUCAACAACGUCGUCCACAACUAAAGAGAAAACGAGAGCAGAGUCUCAUGGACCAUCAACUCCAACCACAGACAGAAAGAAACCGACUGCAGGUUUUUCUUCUCCCUCAACAACGUCGUCCACAACUAAAGAGAAAACGAGAGCAGAGUCUCAUGGACCAUCAACUCCAACCACAGACAGAAAGAAACCGACUGCAGGAUCUUUGUCGGUGCUGCUGCCGUCAGUCCUCGGUGUCUGUGUUUUACUGGCUGGAAUGAUGAGCGUCUGUCUCUGCAGCUUUAUCAGGAAGCAGACGGCUGAGAGACGCAAAAUGGACUUGACCCAAGGUGAUCAGGAAGGCGUGUUAUCCAUGCACAAGAUGAAGACAUCCGGUUCAGAAGAUCCUGGAACUUAUUCUGUGAUCAGCUCAGUCCCCUCACCGUCCCUGCUUUUCGAGAGCAGCUCAGACAGAAAAGAAGAUUCUGUGAAACCAGAGGAUGAUGGCGAGCACGUGUACUGUUCCAUCACUGACACUCAAGUGGGCCCCAAAGAUAAAGGCGCAGUGUACAGCCUGCUGCAGAUGCACUGAUGCACCUUACACAGUGUAAAUUAUUUCUCAUUUUUAUGUUUUUUGAUGCAACACAUGCCUUAAAUUGAAUACUCAGCUCUGGCACUUUAAAUAAAUUGACUUCAGGCUGCUGUUUGGCUGUGACUGCAGUGUCUAUUAUAGAAUAAUACUCAAGACUUGUCACUUUAUAUCGCACUACAGCACUAGUGGAGGUCAUGCUACAACCAAUUCUUGUUGUUUGUUGCUGCCCUUUGUGAGCAAUUGUCCUUAUUUAGCUCUGUCUUUUUUUAUAUUAUAUUUUAUUAUAUAUAAAAAAUGGGCGGCACGGUGGUGUAGUGGUUAGCGCUGUCGCCUCACAGCAAGAAGGUCCUGGGUUCGAGCCCCGGGGCCGGCGAGGGCCUUUCUGU